CUCAUACGGCAUGAGGGAAACCCCUUCGGCCAGCUGUGGCCCACCAUUCUGUCACUGAAUCUUGUUGCCUGAGGCGGGGCGACGUUUGCUCUGUUGUUGGGACCUAUUGACGCCAACUUAAAAGUUUUAAAGGAUGUGGCUUUUCAUGAGGCAUUCGGCAUGGCGCAAACAUCUGAUUGCGUUUGGACGAGCCUGCAGAUGAGAGGAUGGGACGAAUCCUGCGGGUCAGAUCCGUGAUCCCGCCUUUGCUGUCCCAGUAAUCUGCCAAGGGCUUGCACAAUGUCAAGCGGCUCAGAUUGAACUCCUUCAAGAUUGAUUGAGACGACAACGUCGAUAUGAGCAGCAGGAUUUGUGGUCAAGUCGUGGUUCUUCUUGGCAAGCCCCUUUAAGGUUUAUUUGCCAGCCACUUCUUUGUGAGGCAUUUGAGAGGUGCUAAAUAGCGGAUCAGGCACAUUCCUAGUGAGCCGCCAUGGACAGAGUACAGCGGCUGAAUCGGGGUGCAGCCGGGGCAGGUAACUAUGGGGGCGGGAGCCCAGCCCCAGGCACGGGAGCUCCAGAUAGUCCGGGCCGGCCCCCCAGUGCAGGUGGAUUUCGGAAGACACAGGCGAAUGCCAAGAAGCAGGCAGCAAUGCGGCUGGCGGCUGUUAUGGCGAAUCAAGCGGGGUCCCCAGAAGAAGAGGACGAUGAGUUCAGCCUCAAGUACGGCAUCCCUCCACCGCAGGCCUCUAACAGCCCGCUGACUGCGUACCGUUCUUCUUCCCCACUGGUCGGCAUCCGGUCUGCCUCUGUAGGUCCCCGCCUCCACUCGGCCCGUGCUCAGCCGCCGCCGCAGGCGCAGCCGCAACAGUCGUCCUCUUCCACCAGCUCGCGCUCCCGGCCCACCCCCAUCGCCGUCAAGACCGGCUCGCGGGAGUCUCUCGAAUCGGCGCCCCUUUCAGAUGGCGGCGGCAGCGGGAGCUACAGUACGGGGAGUGGCAACUACGGAGGCGGAAGCGUUACGAGCGCGCCUAGCUACGGACGCCGGCGCUACUCUAACACAGAGCCUGCCGCGGCGAUACCCAUUGCCAACUCGGUGAAGCAAACCCAGUCGACACAGGACAAGAGGGCGGAGGCUGCGCUGGCGGAUGAAAUCGACCUACUGAGAGAAGAAAACGAGUUCCUGUUGGAUAAGCUGAGGUUGACGGAGGAGAAGGCCCUGGAGAACGAGACGCGGGCGCGGGAGCUCGAGAAGCAGGUGGCCUCUCUGGGGGAAGGCAUCUCGCUAGAGGCACGGCUGCUAAGCAGGAAGGAGGCGCAGCUUAAGCAGAAGGAAGCCGCACUCAAGGCGGCGAGCCAGCAGCACAGCUCCCUGCGUGAGGAAGAGGUGCAGGCCCUCCAGGCCGAGCUCGAGACCGCCCGCCAAGAGGUCGCCUCCGCCUCCGGCACCGCCUCGGAAGCCCAGGCGGAGGCCAAGGCCCUGCGCGGCGUCGUUUCCCGCAUUGCACUGACGCAGGAAGAGCUGGAGGAGGUGUCGCUCAAGCGGUGCUGGCUGGCGCGUUACUGGGGGCUCGCCGCCAGCCACGGGGUGCACGCCGAGAUCGCGGGCUCGCGCCACGAGCACUGGUUCCAGUUCGCGGCUGCGCCGCUGGAGUUUGUGCUGGCGGCGGGUCAACAGGCGAAGGAGGGCCUUGAAAGUGAGCCGGAGGGCGCCGCAGCCAACGGGACGGACGAGAAUGGAGCCAGAAGCAGGAGGACGUCCGAUGCGGGAGUCAGUGGAGACGAACCGUCCAAGCACCGCCGGCACCGUUCUUUGGCGGUGGACAUCGGUGCCGACAACAGCAUCGAGAGCAUGUUGAAUGUUGAGAAGGGGUUGCGAGAGCUCGCAGCUCUCAAGGUGGAGGAUGCGGUCCUGCUUGCGAUGGCGCAACACCGGCGGCCAAGCCUGGUCCGCGUGGGGGGCACUGAGCCGUCGCAAACAGGGAACGGGUCGAAGCUGGUGGAGAGCAUGGAGCUGAGCGAAGAGGAGGUGGAAGACGUGCAGUUCAAGCAGGCGUGGCUUUGCUACUUUUGGCGACGUGCGCGUCGAAGGGGCAUCGAGAACGACAUCGCGGAUGAACGGCUAAGAUAUUGGAUCAGCCAGUCGUCACACAAUCCGGAUGCGCACAGCGCUGUUGACGUUGAACGGGGCCUGAUGGAGGUCCGGCGUUUGGCUAUUGAAGAGCAGCUUUGGGCCGCUAGCAGAGCCGCCCUGGCCAGUCACCAAGAUGAUUCCGAAGAAGACAAGUAGGCAAACGCUUGAUGUGGUGCCAGAUUGA